CCUCACUUUCGGCUAGACGUCUGCCGGUUGCCAAGGGAUACCGGUCCCUGUUCUGGGAGCUACGCGCGCUACUACUACGAUCCUGUAGAAGGAGGGUGUCGUCUUUUCAUGUAUGGUGGCUGUCUCGGGAAUGGAAAUCGUUUCAACACAAAGGCGGAGUGUGAAGAUGCGUGUGGAACACUGGGCGAGAUCUACGACACCGGAACCUCUCUUACCAAGACAAGUGACGUGGUGUCCACACAGGCUGAGAAAGUUCCACCCGUUCCCGCUGAGGUCUUUGAAGAAAUGCGACGCAUCAAGAUUAUGUAUUCAGAGAGAUAUCUGGUAUGUAUCUUCCCAUUAGCAUGGGACUUUUGUCUGCAACAUCACACCUACGGGACAUGUCCGCGGCCCAGACUCCAUCUUACCCGUUACUUCUACAACCGAAAGACGAAACACUGUGAGCCCUACUUUUACACUGGUUGUGGUGCUCGAGGUAAUCACUUCGAGACAAAAUUGCAGUGCGAUAACGUUUGCACCCGCAGACUACGCCGGUCAAGUACGUUUAAUGUUCACUUCUUAGAAGCAUUUAAAACUAUAGUUUCAUGGUCUACUCAUUUGCAUCAUAAAACAAAAAAUAACUACUUGGUCCGCAAGACAUGUUACUCAAAUAAUUUUUUACGCUUAUAG